AUGAACUAUGUGGGAAACUAUGGAGGACAGAGGCAAUGUGGUCAGAAUUGGGGGCAGCAGAAUCAACAGUAUAGACCAGCACAACAGCAGUACAAUAAUAGCAACAAUCCUGGAGCUAUGUUACCACAGGGUCAAGUUGUGCCUUACCAAAGGCAACAGGGAUACAACCAACAAAAUCAGCAGCUAGCUUACCAACAGCCUCAACAACAACAGAUAGUGAGACAAGAUGAUGGGUUCUCUGAAAUUAAAGGAAUGCUGCAACAACUGACUGGGUCCAAUGGAAAAAUGCAAGAGAGAGUAGACGCAUAUGACUCAGCGAUAAAAGGCAUUGAGAUUCAAUUAGGGCAGAUAUCCAUGGCUCCGAAUAACCUGCAGACACACGUGUCAAUCCAAAAGAUACCUAUUGAGGUAGAUGAUUCAACAUGGUUAACUGAGGUAACGAUACAACAUGCACAAGAGGACACAAGAAAAGAAAAAGAGGUUUCAAAGGAGACUGAGGUAGUGCAAGAAACAACUGUACAAGUAGUGCCCGAGCAGGAUCAAACUCAAAUCACAGGAAGGAAGCGACCUCCUGCACCCUUCCCACCGAGAUUGAUCAAAUAUCAGAAGGAUGAGCAGUACAAGAAAUUCAUGGAGAUGUUGAAGCAAAUCCAAGUGAACAUUCCACUGAUUUAUGCAUUGAGGGAGAUGUUUGGGUAUGCAAAAAUGAUGAAGGAUUUGAUAUCUCGCAAGUUCGACUUUCAAGACUUGGCCACUGUUACACUAACCCAGACCGAUAGUGCUGUCGUGAUAAGACCCAUAGCUGAGAAGUUGUCAGACCCAGGGAGUUUCAUAAUCCCAUGCAUAGUCGGGAGCUACGCUUUUGCUAAAGCAUUGUGUGAUUUGGGGGCGAGCAUACACUUGAUGCCCUUAACUAUCUAUAAAAGGUUAGGCAUUGGAAGAGCAAGACCCACAUCCAUGUUACUACAGCUAGCCGACCGGACGAUGAAGAGGCCAUCGGGUAUUUUUGAUGAUGUACAGGUGCAGGUUGGAAAGUUUGUGUUCCAAGAGAUUUUGUCAUUCUAG